UUAUAUCAGUAGCUCAUUCUGAUUUACCCUCCAUUUUUCUUCCAGACAUGCAGACAAACGUGAUGAAUGUUUUACUAGCUGUGAUUUGCGCGACUAGCAUGUUCCGGCUCUGUCACGGAGCGUCCAGCAGCGGAGAAUGCUACUUCAACUCAAAAGCCAGCUGUGAACACAAAGGCCGCGUAUUUGACAUCGGCGAGGCCUGGGUAAAUGACGACUGUUUCCAGUGCGUGUGUUUCGAGCCGUUCGGAGUGGGCUGCUGUGAACACGGGAAGCAGCCAGUCGAUUACCCGCCCUGGUGCGAAGCCGUUAGGAAACCAGAUUCCUGCACGGUUGCUGUGGUGAUGAAGGCCAACCAUAAACUUCCCUGUCUGUUUGGGGGGAAGAACCGCCUUUGGAAAUCAGAGAACGACCUGCUCUUUUAGACUGCAUUACUGCAUUCACGCAUGCAAAACACUAAUUUAAACAUACAGCUUGUUCAUGAAACGCAUAACACACACUGGUCACAAGUUUGGGGUCUUUAAGAUGUUUUUAAUUAGUCUAUUUAUUUGAAACAACUGUUAUAUUUAUUCAUAUUUAAAAGUGUAAUUUUGUCCUGUGACGCCAUUUUGCUACUUCACUUUUCAGUGUCAUGUGAACAAUUUAAUACAUAUUUGGUGCUCAAGUAACAUCUCAUAUCGCUGCUUAAAAUAGUUGCAGAGGAUUUUUAGGAUUAUUCAAUCAUAAUAAUAAAAAAAAAACCUACUGACCCAAACGUUUGAAGAGUGCACACACAUUUACACAUCUAAAAAUUAGCAUUUUUGCUUAUAAUGACUUAAAACUAAAAAGCUGAAACUAGCA